AUGCUCUUGGUCUCGGGAAUGAUGGGCGUGAAGCGGCAAUGCUUGGGCACGCUGAGGUCUCGACGAGAGUCUAGAAUACCGGCGCACUUGGCGACGGUUACAGAGCUGCCUGUCUCGGCCAUGGAUGACCCUAACCCCUUUGUGCCCCCCAGCCAGUACGAGGUGGGAGACGCCCUCGUGCGCGUGAACCACGAGCAGCUCAACCUUCUCAACCACGAGAACGUGGUCCGGGUCCUCAGGGGCCUCCUCCGCACGACCGGGAGCCAAGUCCUCCUCCUGCGCUUCGCCUACGCGGAGGACUCGCCUCGGCUGCUGCGGGCGACGACUUCGCCGCCGCCGCCGCCGCCGUUACCGCCCAAGACACCGGGACCGCGUCCCUCGACCAUGGAAAACCCGCAGUCAGAACCGCGGGUGUCCCAGAGCGAUCUCGACACCGAAGAGGCUUUUCGGUCGGAGUCGUGGCACGGGUCGCGCAAGCCGCCGAGGGCCCGCAAAGGACAGGGACAGGGGCGCGAGAUGGCGCGGUCGGUGUCGCCGCACCGCCGCACCGGCCCGGCCUUGCUACGCUCGCAGUCGCUCGGGGAGGGCGGCCCGCCGGCGGUGGCCGGGCUUGCCCACAAGGGGAGCGGCGCCGAAGCUGGCGACAAGGAAGGGGAACGGGAAGGCUGGGCGGUGGACGGGAUGAGGCCCAGGGGGAAGCGGAGGGGAGUGUUGUGGGGGGAGCCGGAAAUGGGGCUCGCCGGGGGCGACGGCGGCAGCAGGCAUAUCUACCUCGGGGACAUGGGGCACGCGAGGGUCCAGCGGACGCUUCAAGCCAUAGCGGAAGACGUGCAGGUAGGCUGCGGGAGGGGUGUCACGUUUUCUGGAAAUAUAACAAUCACUAAGGAAGACGGCCCCCUUGGAGAUAGUACCGCAGUAGUCGAAGGGGACGUGUUCAAGUGUUUACAAUGAGUCGCCCCGGUGGUCUAGUUGGUAUCCCCGAAACCUUCUAGAGGUCAGGUCAGGGGUUCGAAUCCCGGCGUAAGCGAGCUUUUCUUGCAAAGUGAGUUUUUCUCUCGCUUCCGCUCCUGGCCUAGUGGAUAGCGCUAGUUCGUGUGUACACAGAGGGAAGAGAGCGCUGAACUCUUCUCGCAUUAAAAAUCGAAGGCAAAGUGCCGCAGGAGGGGAGGGUAGAGAGGGGCUCUUCUGUGUGACC